CCCGCCCUGCCCUUCUGGUUCCGCCCCUGCCCGGGAGCCCCGCAUCCUCAUUGGCGAGCUCUGGACGUGGAUGUUGGCCAGGGUGGCCCGGCGCGGACACCCCAGUGAUAAAAGGGACCAUCCACAAGGAAACUAGCGUGCUCCAGGGGUGUGGCUCAAAUCGCAGUUCCGCCCUCUGGCUCCCAGCCCAACACCGAACAGGGAUCGAUCUGGCCCCGGCUUGAACUAGCUCAGCUCCGAGCUCGCGGAACCACGCCUCCAGGAGACUCUGGCUCCGCCAGCGCGGGCCUGGUCUUCAGUCCUAUAUCGCCCCCGCUUGGGAAAAGGUGCAGGGGCCUCUCGCCGCCUCGUCGGGACUGUCCUCUCUACCUGCCUCUCCAACCCCUCUCGGCCCCGAGCCACCCGGCAGCGGGGGUGGGUGUGCAGAGGUGCGGCGUCCAGAACCCGACUCCUGCAGAGGCUCUGUUACGGCUUAGAUGGCGCGCAGGACCGAGCCCCCCGACGGGGGCUGGGGAUGGGUGGUGGUGCUGUCAGCGUUCUUCCAGUCGGCGCUGGUGUUCGGGGUGCUCCGCUCCUUUGGGGUCUUCUUCGUGGAGUUUGUGGCGGCAUUUGGGGAACAGGCAGCGCGCGUCUCCUGGAUCGCCUCCAUAGGAAUCGCGGUGCAGCAGUUUGGGAGCCCGGUAGGCAGUGCCCUGAGCACGAAGUUCGGGCCCAGGCCCGUAGUGAUGACCGGAGGCAUCUUGGCUGCGCUGGGGAUGCUGCUCGCCUCUUUCGCUACUUCGUUGACCCACCUAUACCUGAGUAUUGGGUUACUGUCAGGCUCUGGCUGGGCUUUGACCUUCGCUCCGACCCUGGCCUGCCUGUCCUGUUAUUUCUCUCGCCGUCGAUCCCUGGCCACCGCGCUCGCACUGACAGGCGUGGGCCUCUCCUCCUUCGCAUUUGCCCCCCUUUUCCAGUGGCUCCUCAGCCACUAUGCCUGGAGAGGGUCCCUACUGCUGGUGUCUGCCCUCUCCCUCCACCUGGUGGCCUGUGGGGCUCUCCUCCGCCCACCCUCCCUGGCUGAGGACCCUGCUGUGGGUGGUCCCAGGGCCCAACUCACCUCCCUCCUCCAUCAUGGCCCCUUCCUCCGUUACACUGUUGCCCUCACCCUGAUCAACACUGGCUACUUCAUUCCCUACCUCCACCUGGUGGCCCAUCUCCAGGACCUGAAUUGGGAUCCACUACCUGCUGCCUUCCUACUCUCAGUUGCUGCUAUUUCUGACCUCGUGGGGCGUGUGGUCUCUGGAUGGCUGGGAGAUGCAGUCCCAGGGCCUGUGACACGACUCCUGAUGCUCUGGACCACCUUGACUGGGGUGUCACUAGCCCUGUUCCCUGUAGCUCGGGCUCCCACAGCCCUGGUGGCUCUGGCUGUGGCCUACGGCUUCACAUCAGGGGCUCUGGCCCCACUGGCCUUCUCUGUACUGCCUGAACUAGUAGGAACUAAAAGGAUUUACUGUGGCCUGGGACUAUUGCAGAUGAUAGAGAGCAUCGGGGGACUGCUGGGGCCUCCUCUGUCAGGCUACCUCCGGGAUGUAACAGGCAACUACACGGCUUCUUUUGUGGUGGCUGGGGCCUUCCUUCUUUCAGGGAGUGGAAUUCUCCUCACCCUGCCCGACUUCUUCUCCUGCUUCUCAACUACUACCUCCAGGCCCCAGGACCUUGUAACAGAAGCACUGGAUAUUAAAGUUCCCCUACCGAAGGAGGGGCUGGAAGAGGACUGAACUUCACAGAGUCAGGCCCGGAAAGCCAGAGCUUGACAGCUCCAGGUCUUCUCUUGCCACGUCUUGGUCUCCACAGAACCACAGUGCCUUAAGAUUCUCGAUCUGCCUCCCCCUAGAGCAGGCCUGGGGCUCCUGCAAUGUGUGUGCCAACCCUUUGUA